AUGUUGCUGGACGAACUUGAUCUUCCGCUAGACGACGUCGUAGUCGUCGAUCGGUUGGCUAUUGCGGACUAUAACCAGUCUCACAUCCUGCCCCAAGAUGAGGCCACUUUGAAGAGAUUGCAUGACUGGCUCAGACCAACCAGGUAUGAAGGAGGUGGUAGUGAGCUGAAGAAGCAUAGCAGCUGUCAUUUGAAGGGGACUAACCAGUGGCUCCUCGAUUCUCCCAUAUUUCAACAAUGGCAUAAUGGCCGCAAUGAUGGGAUUCUGUGGAUUCGAGGUGUUCCCGGCACGGGCAAAUCGGUCCUUGCCUCAACACUGAUCCAUCGCCUCUCAUCCGAAGAUUGCCCAGUUCUGUACUUUUUCUUUCGUCACACCAUCCGAUCCAACCAUCGCCCCGAGUCUGCCCUCCGCGACUGGCUCGCUCAGGUCCUACCUUUUAGUCCUCCUCUACAACUGGCCAUAAGGAAUCUGAUCUCUCCGCCCAUUUGUCUCGACUUUGUUGACGAUCUGUCCUUGGUUGAGCUGUGGCAUCUCGUUCGACUUGCCCUGAAAAGCAUGCCCAGGGCCUAUUGCGUUGUCGAUGCCCUGGAUGAGAUGGACGGUAAUGCCUUGGAAGGUUUCUUGCAGUUGAUUGAUCAAUUGGGCAACAUGCACCCUGAAAGAAUCAAACUCAUAAUUACAAGCCGUCCUAUUUCGACGAUUGGGAAGAUCGUGCGAAACUUGAAGCUUUUGGACAUUCGUCUAGAUAAGAAAGCUAUCGAUCCCGAUAUAUCUACCUAUCUUGAACAUCGACUCGAUGCCUCCAAGAUAUCGCCUGAGGCCAGGGUUUCAGUCAAGAAAACAGUUUUCAAGAAGGCCGAUGGGUUGUUUCUAUAUGCCAAGUUAGCCAUGGACCAAAUUUCUGAGCUACAAACUGAAUCUGAAGCGGAAAUAUUCGAGAGCAUUGAAAGAAUGCCCAUCAGCCUAUCGGACAUGUAUAGAAAUCUCUUCAGUGAGCAUACGGACCGUACCGAACUCCCAGAAGGACUGCAAAUGCUCGUUUUGCAACUUGUCACUCAUGCUACUCGACCAUUGCGUCUUCUUGAGAUAUCCGACUGUAUCAGAGUAACCCAGCCCCAAUAUGGUCAAGAUACCGGAACUAUCAAGAACUAUGUUCGGACUUGUUGUGGACCAUUACUGGAAGUCCUUCCUGACGAAACUGUCCGCGUCGUUCAUCAUUCUUUGACUGAGUAUCUCUUCGGACUUGACCGAUCUCCGGAUGAUCACGAGAUCCCUGUGUUUGAGCCUGGCCCGACACACGAUCUUUUCGCAAACCUCUGCGUAUCAUAUCUUGACUCAGGCCAUCUGGACAAGAUCAAGUUUCAGGAUUACGGCCGUGUCAUCGAGAUUGUUAUGUCAACGAACCAAGAUUUACCGCCUUUUUUGAACUACGCGGUACAAAACUGGUAUGUUCACACUAAGGAAGCUGCUAGGCGAGAUUUCGCGCAGGAAGAAACAAACAACAGAAUCCUAUCAAUGCUCAUGAUUCCAAAACAUGUAAAGCUACUAGCCACCCUGGCAGAGAAACCUUGUUGGGAAAAUGGCUUCCAACGGCACCGUGAUCCGGAAGCUCCCCUUGAAACUGAGGUGUUGAUUUUCGGCAUAAAAUUAGGGUUGACUAGUUUUAUUGACAGUCUACUUGAAUUUUGUGGUGAGGAAGCACUCAAGUUUCAUGGAUACUUAGAGAAUUACCCUCCAUUACACCAAGCUGUGGACGACGGAAAUCUAGACAUUGUCCGUUUGCUCGUCAGGCAUGGCGCCGAACUGGACGAACACGACAGUAGGGGAUGCACACCACUUCACAGGGCGUUAAGUGGAGGUGCCAGAACAAAAGGCAACCUACGUUCCGCUAUCGUCGAUUGCCUACUGGAAGCUGGCGCCGACCCGUGGAAGACGCAGGAGGAUAGCAAGAAAGCACCUCGCUUGAGGUUACCCAUUCAGGAGGCCUUUCUUGUCGACGAUAGGACAGUUCCUCAGCUGUUUCUACCAUCCAUCAAGACUCAAAAGCAGGCCAACAAGGCUUUGAGUUGGGUUAUCAAUGGCUUCAAGGACCUGAGAUUGAUGAGGUCGAUCUUGGAACUUGGCCUGGCAGGCAUCAACGAUCAUGCUGAUUCUCCAACCCUUUUGUUCCAGGCAUGCAAGCAGGUCGAUCCCAUGAUGGUCUCUAUACUUUUGGAAGCCGAUGCAGACCCAAACAUCUGCCAACUGCGCUCAAAGCCGAGACUUCUAGCAGAGAGCAUAAAGCAGCGCAGAGCGCUUAGUGGUUCUCGGGAUGAAAUGGGGGGACCUAACGUUCUACACGCACUGGCAGCGCCAUACUGUGCAUCGAAAGAUCCAUACAGCAGCUAUAAGCGAGCUUCAGCCUUUCCUAACAAAUAUCCACCUGAUGAUGAAGCUAUCCGAGAGUGUUUCCGUUUAGUUAUCAAUGCAGGUGCUAACGUCAACCAUAUCGACAGCGCAGAGAAUACGCCACUUCAUCUAGCGGAAAUCCCUCUCAUGGCACAACUUCUUCUUGAGGCUGGAGCGGACAUCACUGCGAUUAACUGGCGUAACGAUACACCGCUUCACGCCUCCCAAGAUAUUGAUAUCAUGAAGAUAAUACUCAGCAAGACGGAUAUCGGCAUCAGGGAUCGAGAGAGCAAAAAAGUGUUUUACCGGUUGCUAGAGAGAAUAUGUGCCAGAGGACCAAAGGCACUCUCGUCGUUAGAGGGUGCUAUGCAGCUUCUUGGUCUCGGGGUUGAUGCUCGUAGUGUCGACGAUGACGGUAACAGUGCAUUACACUAUUUAGCCUCCACAGAAAAAGUGCUGCCUAUGCAGGGUGAACCCUCCAGCAUUGUGUCGCCUCCGUGUUUGAGGAAAUUCAUUGAGCUUACGAAAGCUGAUAUCAAUGCUGUGAAUAGCAAGGGUCAAACACUUCUCUUCAGCAUCAUUGAUAGGUUUUAUGUCAGCUUGGAAGAUUUGGUCAAGGAACUUGCAGUAGAAUGCAGAUUUUCGCUGGCCGACAUGACGAAAAACACAGAUACUGAGAAGGGUGAGAGCUUUAUUUCUGUCAUGGCAGAUUUAGGGGCACGAUUUGAUGUGACGGACAAGCAAGGGCGGACAUUACUGCACGCUGCAGUUCGAAACUGUCGCAAUGGAAAGGAUUUCGAUGUUCUACAUCGGCUUAUCGAGCUUGGAGCUGAUCCUCUCCAAACUGAUCGCGAGGGAAACACAAUAUGGCAUGAGGCGAUGUCAAAAUAUGCCAACAAGGCCCUCGGAUCACCGUCACUGGAGACUCUGCAAAGCAUCACAGAUUUGGGUAUAGAUCCUGCAAAAGCUAAUAAUCAAGAAAUCACGCCAUUUCAUCUCUUCUGUGAGUACAAGCAGCCGGCUUCAAACACCGUCUUAUUUGAGUAUCUGCUGCAACAGCUUGGAGAUGUCAACAUGAGAGAUAACAAUGGAGUUACUGCAAUUCAUAUCGGUUCAACUUACUCUACUGACUUCACAAGGAGGCUUCUAGAGCGCGGUGCUAAUGCAACACUGGUUACCAAGGAGGGGAUGAAUGUCUUUCAUCUCGCAUCCCGAGGUCGACAGAGCAACACCAUUGGUCUUCUUCUGGAUUGGCUCAGAGAAAGAACAGCUAAGGAAGAGCUGCAGAACCUACUCAACCUCAAAGACAACUGUGGUCGGGCCCCGCUGUACUACGCUUGCGCCUCUGGUCGCUUUCAGUCUGUUGACCUUCUCAUCAAUGCUGGUGCGGUCGUCGAAAUGGAAACGUACGAAGGCUCUGCAUUGAGUGGUUGUGUUUGUAUCGAAGAGGAGACCAAGAACUGGCAGGAGUUUCGUUCCCAGACUUGUCCCGCUUCAGGUGCCGUGCUUGUUGAUGAUACAAAACGGCCCAAGUAUGCACCAGUCGAGGGACCGCUACUGGAAACUUUGGAUCUCAUCAUUGGCAACGCCGCUACUCCAAACUGGCAUCUCCUUGAUAUGGCCAUCUCUGAGGCUGCUAAGUUGGCUAUGGAUGAGCAUCUAUAUCCCGCUGAGAAACACCGGCUCUCCUAUCACCCAAACCAUGAUUACACCGUAGAGUGUCUCGUACAAGCACGAAAGGCUUUGGGCGUUGGAGGCGAGAUGCCUUGUGCGCCCGCGGUAAAGCAGUGCUUACAACGACGAGAAGAGAUAUUCAAGGAAGACUUUGUCGAAAAGAAAUGUGAAUGCGGCAAAUGCUACAAGUUUCCGUGGCAUGUAAGCAAACUCGAGAGUUGGAAGUGCUAUAACGCUAUUCCCAACUACAUCAACGAAGUUUCCCCCACACCUGAAGACUUGCAACCCGUUCUCGUCAACUUCGCAAAAGAUGGCAUGGCGAGGCUUCUUGAUACUUUGCUUACACCAGAAACAAUUCUCGGCCUUGGGAGGACGGAGUAUCAUAGCAUAUCUUCGCUGAUGCGUGCUGCAUGUGAAUCCACAGAGCCUAAUAUGCCAGUGAUCAGGCUUUUAGUAUCAAAGGGUCUCGAACUGGGUGAAAGGAAGCCACCAGAAUACGACUUUCUUCAUGUCCUGACCCGAGGGGGGGAACAUCCCUGGUGGCAUACAGGCGAGGCACUUCCCUACCUGAUCGGGCAAGGCGUGUACCUGGAAAGCAGAGAUGCAGGCGGACUCACGCCACUGAUGGCCAGUUUGGGCAACAUCGAGAAACCUGUGUGGACUCCUAAGGCUACGGAGAUGCUUCUACGGGCUGGUGCAGAUCCCAAUAGCGUGGACUAUGAAGGCAAAUCUUGUCUUGCACGCGUUAUUGAUAAUAAGACAAUCUUCGAGAUGCUGAUAUACCAUGGAGCUAUCGUCGACCCUUCCCUACUCACUUCCGCGAUUCUCUCCAAAGAUGUUGGUAUGGUAGAGAUGGUACUGUCUUCUGGUGCAGAUGCAAAUGUCUGCAGACCAUCAAGCCCGCCUUGUCCAGAUGAAGAGAGAUGGAGAAUGUAUUACAAAGUGGACAUCCCUGCCUCUUUUCGCGAGAUACACCCUCUCGAUAUGGUGAUUAGCGAGAUCGAUAGUGAGACUGCGAACGAGAUUGACUGUGAGGCGUAUAUCCGCAUAGUCGAGAUACUGCUCAAGUUUGGCUCUAAUCCAAAUGCUCCCUUCCAUCACACAACAGUGGCGCAUAAGACACUGAGAAAUGCCAAGUUCAGUCUUCAUGUGCGGAAUAAAAAUGGUGCCAUCCCCAGGGUUACUCACAGCGUCCGAAGGAAAUACUUGAACCUCAUUUUCCAGCAUCCAAUUCUUGACGUCGAUCUGAGGGACACUGCAGGUGUUCCAUUACUUCAUGUUGCUUUCGAGAAAGCUGAUGAAAAGUCAGCUCGAACACUGAUCGAUAGGGGCGCUGACUUAUAUGCAAGAGAUGAUUCUGAUCGGAAUAUCUUCCAUAUAGGAUCUACCCUCCUUUCCAAGAAGGCGCUAUUCGACUACAUUAUAGCUCGCGCACCAGAGCUUUUAGAUCAGGUCGAUAAAUGCGGCAGACCACCACUACACCAUGCGCUGGACGAUAGACAUGAAUUUGGAUAUCUGAGCAGCCUGGAAAAAGUCGAAGAGUUUGUCCAAAUGCUCAUAGCUGCAGGAGCCAACAUUUGUGUAAAGGAUGAAAAUGGCAAUACACCCCUGCACCUUCUUUUACAGAGGGAAUGGAAACUACUCGUGGAUGAUCGUGGUGGUGAGGUUUGGCAAGGGUCUGUAUACCCAACAAUGGAGUUGCUUCUCUCGAAAGGUGCAGACAUCAACGCACGAAACGAAAUGGGCGAGACACCUAUCUUCUCUUUCUUCCGCGAGGGCGAUCUCUACGUUGACAUGCCCAGAACCGCUUCCAACAAGGGAUUUCCGGCUCCGUUCAGGUACACCUCUAAGUCUGAGAGACAAGCCAUGGAAGAAAGACGACCGGUGCUAUGGGCGCUCUUCGAAAAGGCGGGUGUAGACUGGACUGUUAUUAACGCAAAUGGCCAGUCUCUACUUCAUCUUGUGGCCAGUCACCGAGGUCAAGGAAGUUGUUUCACGAGACUAGAAAGGUUCAAGCUGUUAAUAGGCAAAGGACUGGAUCCUUUAGUGGAGGAUCAGGAGCAUCGGACGGCAUUGGAUAUUGCGGCUGCAAACGGGGCUUAUGAUAUCAUGGAGUUGUUUAAAAUAGAGUAG